AAAAAAAAAUAAGGAAGGGGGAAAUCACAGUCUAAGGUCAGUCCUUUAUAUUCUUCUACUGCUGCUUGAUUCCCCUCCUAAGGGGUUUCCUCAUCAGUAAAAAACCCAGGCCGAUGAACCCUAAAAAUCCUAAAUUUCCUUUACGGCUCGUCUAAAAUCGGUGUUGUAACACCUGGUUCACGGUCUUAAUGUUGCUUGUUCUUAGUGUAGGUUUAGAGCUUAGGAAAAAAAAUAGGAAGAAAUAAGAUCGGAAAGGGUUUACCUUCGAAAUCCUUUCAAGUCGUUUCAGAUUAAGGAUUUGCAUUGCGGGUUUUAGGCUGUUGUUUAGGAUUUUCCUGAAUUUCCGAGGUAUUAGUUUAGGGUUUUCUCGUUUCUCAUCACAAUGGCUAGAAGACAUGGAUGGCAACUUCCUGCCCACACAUUUCAGGUUGUCGCUAUAACCGUCUUUUUCUUGCUCUCUGUUGCAUACUACGCCUUCUUUGCUCCAUUUCUCGGGAAGGAAUUGUACCAAUAUGUCGCAGUUGGUGUUUAUUCAUUCUUCGCUUUCUCCGUUCUAGUUCUCUAUGUGCGAUGCACUGGCAUUGAUCCUGCGGAUCCAGGAAUUUUCAUCGAGGCUGAUAAGACGCCGGCCCAUAAGUCACAGAAUGGGAUUGCGUCCUCUGUUGAGGAAUCCGGUGGCGAAGGUCUAAAGCAUGGAGGACAGUAUACUAAACACGGCUCGGGUUGUUGUUCUGCUUUAGGAAGAUUCUUUUGUGGUUGUUUAGUGAUUGGAGAUUGCCGUAAAGAUGCCGAGCAGGAGCAGUCGGGUGAAGAAGAAGCUCUGUUCUGCACAUUGUGCAAUGCUGAGGUACGGAAAUUCAGCAAGCACUGUCGAAGCUGUGGCAAAUGUGUUGAUGGGUUUGAUCAUCAUUGCCGGUGGCUUAACAAUUGUGUGGGACGGAAAAACUAUGUCACCUUUGUGUGUCUUAUGGCCACAAGCCUCAUCUGGCUUAUUGUCGAAUUUGGAGUUGGGGUCGCGGUUUUUGUUCGGUGUUUUGUGGACCAUAAGGCAAUGGAACACCAAAUAACAGAGAAGCUCGGGGUUGGAUUCUCCCGUCCUCCAUUUGCAACUGUUGUGGCUAUUUGUACUGCUCUGUCGCUUCUUGCAACAAUACCUCUAGGAGAGCUUUUCUUUUUCCAUAUAAUUUUAAUCCGAAAGGGUAUCACAACAUAUGAAUAUGUUGUAGCCAUGAGAGCUCAAAGUGAACCACCUGGACCAUCAGUAGAUGGAGGAGAGCAACCUAGUCAGCCACCUUCACCAACAAGCUCGGCUGUGACCGCUGUGAGCGGAAGAAGCUCUCUAGGAUUGGGAUUGCAAUAUCGGGGUACUUCCUUGUGUACCCCUCCCAGAAUCUUCAUGGAUCAACAGGAUGAUGUUAUCCAGCAUCUGGAACCUGGACCUGUACCAUCCACCAUAGAUCCAGACACGGUUGCGCAGAAGAAGCCACCUCCCCGUCAAGUACGAAUCAGCGCAUUGAAGCUUGCGAAAUUAGACCCUAACGAGGCGGCUAAGGCAGCUGCAAAAGCACGGGCUUCCUCAUCAGUGCUCCGUCCCUUGAGUUCCCGACACAAUCCAUAUACCAACGGUUCGGAUAAUAAUCUCUCCAGCAGCGGUAGAAGCAGUCCUGCUAGUACCCAUCAAGCUUUUCAAAGCAGAAACGCUACCAAAAUGGUGAUAUCCCCUCCGAAGAGCCCAUACCACCCGGAAAGCACGGCUGGAUCCGAGUCUUGUGGUCACAGUCUCAGUAACAUCAGCAGCCCGGCAACUCAUCAGCCACCAUCCACCCGAGAUCACUUCAACCCGAUUUACCAAUCAUCAUCACCGGCUCAACAUUCUCCAAGCCAGAACAUUUCGUGGGCCCCGCCCACGAGAAGAAGCUUCCCUACUGCUGAUAACGCGAGCAAUUCGGUGGUGUGGGAUCCAGAAGCUGGGCGAUUUGUUUCUUCUGCUUCCAGGACCAGUGCCGUAUCAUCUCAGGCAGCCAGAACAGAGUUAGUAUACAGCGAGCAAUCCAUAUUUUUCGGAGGACCUCUGGUGAAUGAGCAUCUGAACAGAGCAGCUGCAACCACAGGAAGCAACCGAGAGAGAGGGAACUCCUCGGGGGCGGGUUACUUCCAACAAGGUAGAUCUCAGAGAGGAGGCCAACUUCCAGUGUUUGUGCCGACAGAAUCUCAGCAGCAACAGAGACAUCCUUCUUCUAGAUUCCCCUAGGAAAACACAUUGUAAACAACGAAUCUGGUUUUCUUUUUUUCUAAUGCCUCAGAACUUGGACUUUGGUUCUUCAUCUUUCUAUCGUUGUGUUAGAUUUUGUCUUGAAUUUUUGGUUA